AUGAAUACCGUUGGUGGUGAUGUUUUCGUGUUGAUUAAACGUCUUCUUCUACAGGAAUCGUGGGAAAAUACGGCCCACGCAAGUACACUUCUCUGUCAUUUGCUAGACGAAUCCGUAGUGUACCCACAUAAUAAUAAUAAUACUAACAAUGAAGAGAGUCACUCAAAGAGGAAGAGCAACACUGGUAUAGAGAUGGGAAAAGUAUUCUUUUCAUUUAUUAAAUACUUCGCAUCAGCCCUUAUAUCCCGACGGAUUGCAGGUGGACAUGACUCCAUCCAUCUCACUGUUGUGAAUGGACUGACUUGUAAUAAUAAUAAUAAUAAUAAUAAUAAGGGAAAACAAGAAGAAGAGGAUAAUUGUUCAGUGUUAUUUCCAUCUAUACAUGAACUCUGGCGUCAACCAUCAUUAGUGGCUGCCAUUGAGGGACUUGCAGAGGCGGUUUGGAAGAUUCAAAAACUUGUCCAUGGUGAUAGUAACAAGGAAAAACAUUAUCAUAUGUGUAGAUUAGGGCAUUGUCCACUUUGCUAUGCGGUGAGUAUAGAGAACAUGGUGGGAACAGAUGCGUUGUGGACUCUUCUUGAGUUCUACGCCGUCCAUCACCUCCCAGCAGAGAGAGAGGAUAUGAAGAAACAACAACAAGAACAAGAAGAAAAUAAUAAUCGUACAACUACUAGUAGUGAUUUAUGUAAAGAUGGGAUUCGUGAUCUUCACACAUCUACACAUUCUUUACUCUGGACACAUGCGAUUGCUGUUUGCCGUAAUGCUGUUUGGAAUGGUGCUCUCUCUACAUUACGGCUUUGUGUAGAAGAAUGGAUCUACAAGGGCACACAUCCCGCACUCUUUACGGUGUGUGAAACAGAAGAGAAGUCUCUGGCAGUGCGGGUUGGGAAUGAUAUGUACUCAUUUCGUGUAUUUAUAUUGAUUCAACUGUGUUUAUUGAUUCAAGAUGAAGUGGCAUUUGAAAUGAACACAGGAAUUGCCAAAUCACAUUACAAUACAGACAAGAAGGAGGAAGAAGAGAAGAAUAACGACAAUAAUAAUAAUAAUAAUAAUAAUAAUAAUAAUAAUAAUAAUAAUAAUAAUAAUAAUAAUAAUGAUAGUAGUUGUAGUGAUACCCUUUCUUCCGUAUCGCUUUCUACUCUAGUCGAGCGUGAUGACAUGAGCCUUCACGCCUCUCUGUUCACAUUGUAUGAACUCUCACAUGUACACAACUGCAGUUCUCUCUUCGCUGCUCUCACCACCACAACUCCGCAGAUCGCAACAGGCGGAGUGCCGUUAUUGCACUGGGUGUGUAAACUGGGAUACACAAACACGGCUAGACUAAUUCUUAACGCCUGGGUAACUGCCUACGGUGAAGAUAGACUCCCACAGGAGAAAGCAUCACUAUCACUAUCACCAUCUAAAUCUAAAUCAACCAUACAUGAAGAAAAACGUCUGCGGGUGAAUUUUACAGAAACCGAAGAACACGAAAAGGAAGAGAAAACAAAUAUAUCGUGUGAUGAUGUGAAGAUACAAUCGAAACGCCAUGCGAGGGCCCUUCGUUGCCCGGCGUUGACUGUUGGCGCGGGUGUACUGCCGUUUGCGGUGAUUGGCGGGAAUGUUGAUAUUGUGCGGCACUUGUUUCUUCUUGGGGCAUCGCGACAUCAGUGGAAGCCCAGUAGUGAACCACAACUGUUAGAAAAAGAAAAAGAUGAAUUAAUGGAAUUGGUGCGAAAUCCGGCUGCGGUGAUUGACACAGCGGGUGGAACAUUGCAUGAACGUAUACGAAAUGCGAUGUGUGCCACUGGGGCUGCAGAUGAAUUGGCGAAUGUUGCAUGGCGGCUUUGGAAUGAGAAGGUGCGUGCUUUGAAGAGUAAUCAUCAUGACAAUAAUAAUAAUAAUAAUAAUAAUAAUAAUAAUAAUAAUAUGAAUAAGAAUAAUGAGGAAGUGAAUUAUCGGCGUGCCCAUGAUAGUGUUAUGCGUACAGCCCUCGCAGCGCUUGAGUUCGAUCCACACAACACUAUCGCACGCAUAACGUUGCGAGAUGUGCUUAUACGCAAAGUCAUAGACGACUGUACAGCAGAGAGUACUACUACUAGUAGUAGUGUUAAUAAUAAUAGUAAUAAUAAUAAUACGAUGAGAGAAGCCGCUUUGCAGGAAAAGCGGUAUAAAAUGACUCUGCGACGAAUGUGUGAACAACUUCUUUCCACACGUACGGAACGAGAGCGGGAAGUACUUUCACUCCUGCAGACACAAUCACACAACGCCGCCGUCUCAUCAUCUUCCGCUAUUCCUCCUAAUACUACUAAUAUUACUACUACUAUUACUCAUAAUAAUAGUGAUAAUAAUGGUGUUAGUGGUGGUGGAGAAUCGCCUGCAACAAUUGCCAUUGACGAGCGACGAAUGCCUGUUUAUGCACUUGUGAACAUCCGCGAGACCACCGAUCCCUCCGCGGCUGCGAUCUCCACAAGAGGCACUUCGAGUGAAUCCAUGAUGCACCCGCUGUGGGUUCGGCUCCCGCACGGUGUGGAUGUUGAGAGAAGUCUCGAACUCGCUGGUGGAUUGUGUGGAGUUGUGGAGGGCGCAGUGCCGCUCACGGCGCCGGUGGAGCGUGGGGAUCUUAUCUUGUUUGCGCUGCGGCGGCGGUUUGGUCGCUUUGAUGUCACUCGAGUUGUACGCCCGUCGGAGGGAGUGGCGGUGGAACUCCCGUGUGUAUUGCUAAACAACAAGUGGAAUAAUAAUAAUCAUAAUAAUAAUAAUAAUAAUAAUGGGGAGUUGGUGACGUGUGUGUUACGGUGUGGGAUGGUGCCUGCCCCGGUGUAUGAGUAUGAUGAUGAUCGCAUGGCGAGUGAUCCACUGCAGUGGCUGGAGACGAAGACAACACCCACAAAAGAUGUGGUGGAGUUAAUUCGUGAUGAUCGCAUCUAUUUACAGCGGUGGUGGGAUAUUGUACAGUGUGGGCAGCGGCCAGCGUGGUUUCGUGAUAUUUCCAUACACACAUAUAAUGAAAAAGAAGAAGGAUCUAUCUGGCGCCUUCCCUCAUCGUGUAAUAGUAAUAGUAGUCCCAGUAUGAACACUAGUUAUGAUAGUCAUAGUGAAAAUAAUAAUAAUAAUAAUAAUAAUAAUAAUAAUAAUAAUAAUAAUAAUAGUCAAACACGUACAAUUCUUACAGUUGCGGCAUUUCCAUUUGGGAGUGGCUCACGUAUAGAAGAAACAGAUGAUCCGUUUGGGACUUCAUCCGAGGCGAUUUUUUUACUGCAGUCGCAGGAAACAACAACAAGUAUGGAAAGUGAAGAAGAAGAGCAUAUUGGAAUGUACAGUGUUAAGGGUAUGUUUCCCUUAUGGGGUUGGGAUUGA